CCUUCGAAGUUUCUGUUCGCAAAUAUUUCGUUUUUUCUAUUAUUAUAGAGUUUACAGUUGAGUUUGUGUUACAAUGUAUUACAAAUUUGAAACUGGAGGUUUGUGUUAAAUGUUUAUCUCAUACACCAACCUAACUUUUAGUAUUCUAAUCCCUUUCUAUCUAGUAUACGUCACUUUCAGCAAUGUACACACGCAUCACCAAUGCCGCGAUAGCACAAAGAUAAAAGGAAUCUUAUCAUUCCACCUCGAUAUCGAGCCGUACGUAGAUGUGUUAAUGUAAAGAUUUAAAAAUACAACAUGCGCGCCAUAAACAGUUUGACAUUUUAUUGUUUAAUUUUCAAAAUCGUGCUUGCUCAAGAGGAAGUGACGGAGGAAGUGCACAGAUUAAUAAAAGUUUGUGAACAUUGUACGUGCAGUGAAAUACCAGAUGUUGAUGGCACUCAUUUGGUUUUAAAUAUUCAGUGUUCUGAAUUGGACAGAAUUGAAAAUCUUGCUGAUUUAGACAAAAUACAGUGGCCCGAUAAUCCGAAUGGAUUGAAAAUAGCGGCAGCAUUCGAAGGCUUGGGCCUUUCCACUCUGGGCAAGAUACCGCCUAAUUCGCAAGUAGAAACCCUGAGAUUCAGUAACAAUGCCAUCAAGACAUACUGGCCGGACCCGUUCAGCGACGUCCCAAACUUGAAGAAAUUAUCUUUUAGCCAAAACGAACUAGCUGAGAUGACCCCUGACCUUUUCACCAAUAUCGAAAGCUUGGAGGAUUUAGAUCUAUCCUACAAUAAAUUAACAGACCUAAAUCCCUUAGAUUUUAAAUUUCUACAUAAUGUAAAAAGAUUGAAUUUGCAAAGCAAUCUUUUGAAGAAAAUUCCUGUUGAUGCGAUACAGCCAAUGGUUUUACUAGAGGACUUGGAUCUCAGCAAGAACGGCAUUUUUGACUUAUUGCUUAGAAGAAUUGAAAGUGAGCCACUUAGAAGAAUUACGAGAUUAAAUUUGAACGGAAAUAGAAUUCGAUCGGUUGUAAAAGAAUCAUUUCCAGAGAACAACAAUAUAGAGCUCCUGGAUUUAUCUAACAACGUAAUUGAGGUAGUCGAAGAGGAUUCCUUAUUGUCCUGCACCAAUUUAAGAGAAUUGAAUCUUGCGCAGAACAACAUAACGUUCACUUUCGCUCUACCGCCGACGCUACAAAUCGCUAUAUUGAAGAUAAACACUUUAUAUCACUGGCCAAAGUUUCCAAGCAAUAUCACCUAUAUUGAUUUAUCAUACAAUCGAUUGUCCGCACUUUACGACGAGAGUAACGUCAACUUCAAUAACGUAGAGGUUCUCAGUAUUGGCGGAAACCAAAUAAAAGAUUUCAAUAUAGAAAAUAAAUUGCCCAAACUUUUUAGUCUUGAUAUAUCAUACAACCUAAUUACAGAUGUACCGAAAUGUUUGAGCAGCCAAAUAUUUCCCAAUUUAGAGGAGUUGCGGUUAGAUGGCAACCCAAUAGAAAGUAUUUAUUUUAAAAACAUUUUGGCACUAAAGACUUUGUAUAUGAAUGAUCUAAAUAAACUAUUUGUGGUUGAAGAUAAGGCUUUCAGCAACGUAAUUGGACGCAAUAAUGAAGAGUUAUCGCAGGAAAAUAAUUGCUUUACCCUAUUUUUAUCAAACUGUGCGUCGUUGCACAGUAUACAAGAAGGUGCCUUUGAUGGAACAUCUUUGUGUAUGUUAGACAUAAGCAAGAACAAUCUAACAAGUCUGUCCAAAACGUUACUCGACUGGCCAUCGUUGUCAGAGGGAGCCAACUUGCAGUUCAACCCAUGGCACUGUUCUUGCGAGCUGCAGUGGCUGCUAGAUGACUUACUGCCUCAAAUGUACCAAGCUAACUCGAGACUUCUGGCUGAACUGAGAUGCGGGUCUCCGCGCGCGUACUCGGGGCUGCGGCUCGUGCACUGGUACAACUGGACCGAGCAGGCCAUGUGCAACGACCUCUACAUGCGCGCCGGCCCGCACGGCACCUACGUGGUUGAGCCGUCAUCGGACCCGGGAUCAAAGGUCACCUCUCUCACGCUAAUCCUCGCUGGCUGCAUCCUUGUUGCGUUACUUAUCGCGAUCGCCUUAUUCAUUUAUCUGGUGAAGAGUCGAAGAAGACAUAGAAUCAGGCAGGCUGCUUUGAACAGAAAGAGACAGAGCAUGUCUGACGAGAAAAACACUAAUGGCUUACAAAGAGAACAGUUCACUGCGUUGAACAAACCCUGAACUCGUGCCAUGUCUAUAGAUACCUUGUUAUCAAAUAUUUGAAGUUAAAAUACGUUUAAGAAAGAUGAAGGUAUUAUCAUAGAUGGUUAUCACGUCAGUGAUAGAGUAAAAUUUUAAAAAUGUACAUUUAUUUUUAUCAAUGAAAAAGUUUUUUGAUCUUUACAAUUUUAAGUAAUGUCAUUUAAAUUAAUCUUGUAGGUACCUCUUUUAAAAAUUCUGUGGAUUAGUUUCUAGUUAGUUCGUUGGAAUAUUUUUAUAUUCUCUUUAGUUAUUAGUUAUAACAGGACAGUGCUAGUCAAAUGUAUGUAUUGUAAAAUCAUUAUAAUAUGGAGCGAUAAAUUGAAAAGUGAAUUAAUUGACAUUUCGGAAACCUCCAUUAAUAUUAGAAAUAUAUAAUAAACUUUUUUUGAUAUUUGCGUGUUGCGCACGUGUACGCACGAUCUAAGUUGGCCGGGCUGUAAUUAGUUACUAGUGACUGUGCAGAUAUAGUUUUUAGAAACAAAAGAAAAUACACAUCCUUGCCGUUUUACGCAUAAAAGUUAAGGAAAUAUUCAUCCAUUUUUAUUUUAAAUUAUUUCACAUGCACAAACACCUCAAUGUCGCGCAAUCUCAGUGUUGGCAACUUCAGAAAACAACUUAAAUUACUCAUAUUUGUCCUUAGAUUAAGGCAUUUUUUUAUACGUCUAAUAUAUUGUAAAAAAACACAAUAACAUUGAUCACGACGAUUGAAAGUUAUAUAAACCACACGUAUACGUAGUGCGUAACAAGACGCGUGACGUAACAAUCCUUAUACAACUUGGGCAUACGCAUUAUAUUCAAAAAACGACUCUAUAUUGCUUCUGACGGAAAUUAAUGUGGGUAAUUUUUGUGUAGGAGUGUGGACGGUGACCGUAAUGUCUGACCCGACCUUUGCCAUUCAUGACCCAUAAUAUUAUAAGGUUGUGAUGCAAGCAAUAUGUAGGGUAUGUGUGAUUAUAAACACUACUAGUAUUUGUAAAUAAAUAUGUUCGUAUCGUUUUCAUAAAAAAAAAUCAACAAAAAGUUUAUAUUACAACAUAUUAAUUGUACAAACCAAAUGAUAAAAUAGUUUUAUUUUAAUGAGUUCGUAUAUUAUAUGCCAUUGAAACCACAUAGUAUUAUAAUGUAACGUAUUUUUUUAUUAACGCAGACAUAAUUAAUUUUGUUAUGUAGUUUUUAAUAAAAAUAAAUGAUUUUGUAAUUGCAA